AUGAUGAGUGUGAUGAUGAAGAUGUCCCUGUGGCUCCUGCUGCUCGGCCCGGCUCUGACUGCUGCUGGACCAGGCAGCUGUGUGGGUCGCUGUGGUGAACUCUUCUCCAGAGGUCGGCCCUGUUCCUGUGACUUCAGCUGUCUGCAGCAUAACGAGUGCUGCUCAGACUAUCAGGACACCUGCACCGCAGCUCGGUCCUGUCAGGGUCGCUGCACUGAGACCUUCCAGCGUGGUCGUCUGUGUGACUGUGAUCCUCAGUGCAUCCAGUACAACACCUGUUGUCAUGACUACCAGACACGCUGUGAUGCUGGUCCUGUCCAGUCUCAGAGGGCUUCAUCUUCAGGAAACCGCAGAGGGAGAGAGAGGAACUGGAGGAGAUCCAACAGUGACAGUGAGGAGUGGUACACAGCCAGAGGCCUCUGCUCUCAGUAUCCUGGGGGUCAGUGUCCCUCUGUCUCCUCUGACCGGACCCCUCCUGCUCUGCCCAGCAACCCACGGCAACAUGGUGUGAGUAACAUCCCUGUGGGUUUACUGCCCGCGUCCCUCCCUUCCUCCCAUCAUGGAGCUCCAGACCCCCCAGCACCCGGCUCCUUCCUGCCCCACUUCAGUGCUCCGUCUCUGGGCGUCCCCGAUCACCUCCAGCUGGUGUCGGGACCGGGGGGCGUGGCUCCAUCUGGGCCAGGUCUCAGCACCCUGCAGGACGUGGCCCAGGCCCUGGGUCUGUCUCAGGGACCGGGGACAGGACUCCCUGCUGAUGUCAACCUGUGCAGUGAUUCUCCCAUCAAUGGACUGACAGCUCUCAGCAACGGGACCAUUCUGAUAUUUAAAGGGGAUCUGUUCUGGUCUGUGGAUCCUUCCAGUCGCUCCGUCGGUCCUCCACAAAGUAUCACAGACUCUCUGGGCGUCCCGUCUCCCAUCGACACCGUCUUCACACGCUGCAACUGCCACGGAAACACCUACAUCAUCAAGGGAGACCAGUACUGGCGUCUGGAUGGGAACAUGCGGAUGGAGCCGGGUUAUCCCAGACCUCUGGUCUCUGAGUUUCCUGGUCUGGCAGGAGGCCUCAGCGCUGCCCUGGCAGUCCCAGCCACCAGGACCAGACCAGAGACGGUCUUCUUCUUUAAGAAUGGAGACACCAUGCAGACGUUCACCUUCCCAGCAGGAAGCACUCCGUCCUGCAGCAUGACGCCCAGGAGCUCCCCGACGGGACGGUUAGCUCGCCAGGCUGUUCUUCUUCGUGGAGAGAUCAACAUCAGAGUGUCUCUGAAGGGAUUCCCCGCUCCGGUCACCUCUGCGCUGUCGAUGCCGAGUCCUCAGAGGAGCGACCCGUUCCAGCACUACGUCUUCUCCGGACCUCUCUUCUUCAGCGUCCAGAUCUCAGGUGACCUGCCGGCGCUGACCACACCUCCUCCCUCGGCCAUCUUCGCCCCCCUCCCCCUCCUCAGCCCUGCAGCCGCCAACGUGGCCACCAACGCGGCCAACGUGGCCACUAACCCCCCCCUCCCCCUCCUCCCGGCUAACUCCAUCAGAGUCUGGCUGCGCUGUCCCUAG